AUGGAUGAAAUGGAAGAGGCUUUCAUGAAUUCCUCAAUAGUGCCAGCAAUUGUGCCUGUAGUCCCAAACAACACUGUUACUGUAUCAUUCGGUAAUAAGGAGGUCAACCUUGGGAACUUCAUAUGUGCUUAUGACACAUCAAUCAUGCCCUUCAUAUAUUUCGAGCCCGAAAACGGCUCUCUGUACGCGUUGUUUUACAUCAAUGCCGACGUAGGAUUCGCCUUCAGUGGUUCCAGGGAGCUCGUGUAUUUGAACUAUCUGGUGGUGAACAUUCCUGAUAACAACGUGUACGAAGGGGACCAGGCCACCCCCUACCAAAGCUACCUUCCCUUCCCCGGGGCUGGUCCAACGCGCAAUUUAUUCAUGGUCUACAAACAGAAUGCUACAAUCGAUGUCGCGGAAAUCAUUCCACAAAUAGCAGGUUCCAGCUACCUGUUCAAUAUGACAGAUUUCGUGUUAGUGAAUCAGCUUGGAGACCCCAUCGCUGGAAACUUCUUCCUGACGCAACUCACUAACUGCAACUCUAAAGAGGAAGAAUCCAACGAAGACUCCGAUGCCUCAUGCUCUUGCUGCUGUCAAUAA